AUGAUGGUUCAUAUACCAGUCAGUCAUGUCUCGAUCAACAGGCACUGGCGUGGUAGUGUUAGUUGUUGCGACUUUAGACCUAAAGGAAUUAUGGUGUCCUAUGGAACCAGAAGAAAACACAGGAUCCUACUGGUACAUCUCUUUGCAAAGGCUCUUGGUCCGUCUAAGUCAAAGUGUUUCCCCAUCUUCCAUGCCCUUACAGGGUGCGACACAACAUCCUUCUUCGCUGGGAGAACUUUCCAGAUGUUACAAGGACAUUUCUCGAGCUGGCAGGGACCCCCUCUAAUAUUUCUGAGGAGAAUCUGUGCACAAUAAAACGAUUCGUCAUUCUGAUUUGCGAUAGGACUAGCCACUUCAGCAAGGAGGGUGUUAAUUUAGAAAACAAUCGGUUUCUUCUUGAGAAAUUGUGAUGGUGUAAUGUUUGCAUUUAUUUAUAGUUACUAUUUGGUAUUUGUUCCAGGUCAAUGAUGCCCGAAAGUACUUGUUCGCCAAGAAAAAGGGAGAGGGUUGGAAGGCCUUCCACCCACUCGUGACGCUCUGGAACAACACGCGAAGCGCACCGCAUAUCAAGGAGGAGGAUACAUGUGGGGACAGGCAACCGCCAGCAAUCCUGUUCUUCCUGAACCACCAAAUUAGGGCUGGAUCCUUGGAAGAAAAGAGCAGCUGGAACCACAAUGGGUUACGCUUAACUAGCAGCGGCUGUCAUCUGCAAAGAACUGGUCCAUUGUGGUUGUAAAAAGAGUUGCAGCAGAAUAUGCAAAUGAUUGUGUAAAGGCAGACCUUCCACAUACCCCGCUUUGUAUAUGUGAUGGACAAUGCAUUCGUGACUAACUUGUAUAAUAUUAAAUAUUCAAAGCAACUAAAAGGGCUAUUGUCAUGAGGAGAUUGUUGUUUUGUGCCAAUUCUUUGCUUAAACUUAGUGCCUUUACCCAUACAAAACAAUGCUCCAGUAGAGUUAGGGAAAAGAAAGCAUCAAGGAGCACAAACCAUUGUAUAUUUUUGGUGAUUUUAGCAGGCACGGCAUUAAAACUUGAAAAUGUUGGCCCAACGUUUCCAUGUUUUGCUUCAGAUCCUAGCAACCGACGAAACUAGGCCAUUAUUGUUAGAAUUCAAUUGCAACGAAGACACAUUUUAGGUUUUUCAAAAAGAAAGUAAAUGGUGUGAUAUAGCCUCUUUAAUUUUUAUUUUCCUGUUGCCAUGAAAACAUAUUGUUAAGUGGCAUGUGAUAAAGAAGACGUACGUGCAAAACAGAUUAAUACCAAUGACUAAAAUGAUAGCAUUUCAGGAUAAACUAGGACAAGCAAAAAUUUUCAUUAAUUUUAAUUAAUUGUGGUUUCUAUGGAAAACGACGUAUUUUGGGCUUGGCACUAUAUCUGAAAAUGAUUGUAUUGCAGGACUUCUAUGAGUGUGCCAAAUUUCAUGCUUGUAUCAAAAAGGGCACAAUUCACCUGAACUUUGGAGCUAAGCCGCCGGACUGAAAACGCAUUAAGGUUAAAACAAUGUCCGAAAAUAUCGCAGGCGCGUGUGUUUGUAGCAUGCACACAGAGUUCAACUUACGUGACAACGUGCAAUUGUAUCGUUUUCGAAAGUUUUAUUGUGGACAGAUGAAAAAACAUCAGAACCGUAGUGUGGACGCGACUCGAUCGAUUCGUUUUCGAUGACAACGAAAAUGCAUACUUUUGAAAACGCAUUUGUGUGUCUACGGGGCCAAAACCCAGACAGUAUAUUAGUAAGGCGGUUACGAGUGUUUAAAAGUCGUAGGCGAAAGCCUUUAAGCUCGUAUUGCAAUCGGAAUCGGUCAUGCAAAAGACUUGAAACAUGAGAUCGUUAGCAAUUUCCAGAAAGAAAAAUAAAAGGGCCCACAUGCUCGCCUUAGCCCACCGUCAUUAACAGUUGAUACUUAUUAAAACAUGAAAACGUGCGUUUUGAACUGAAUCAAAUUAUGCUGCAUUUCUUUUUGUCGCUUACAGGGUCGUUGUUAGCCGUAAUCUUUGGUGUGUGGGUUCUAGCCUCAUUCGCUGGAUCGAUGGUAGCGAUUCCUGUACAGACUGGUGUGACAGGUUUGAUAAUAACCGUGACAUUCCUCUUCGUUCCACUUAUCGUUAUUUUGGCAGCUUAUGGCAAGAUUUUUCGCAUAGCUAGAGCGCAUGCUCAUGGCAGAGGCGUGAGUUCCUUCAAAAAGGUACCAAUCUUCAAGCCGGUUAAAACGGAUUGUCAAUGUUGGUUCAAUGUCCAGCAUUGCUGGAUCUAACGUUUGAGAUCCUUUUGAAAACCUUGUUGAGCGGUGUUGGGAGCUAGAUGAUGCUAGACCGUGCUUAAACGAGUUCAAACGUUCCAUCGAACAUUACCUAACACUUAGUUUAUUUUCGUUACCAAAUACACAAUAUUUUUCAUCUUAUAUUUCAAAAGAAUAAUAAUAAUCUUUAUUAUUAAAAACUGAAUCAUUUAAUGCUAAUGCAAUUCGAGCAUUUUGAUUGGCUUAGCCAUCAUGGUACAUGAGCCAUUAUACCAUGAUCUCCAUAUAUGGUCAGUGUACGCGUCAGUUCAAACCUGAGACUUUUUUUCCGAAGGAUAGAAUGGCGCCUGAAGAAACUUGAAUCGUUUUAAUUCUUAGAAAUACUCGAAAUGCAAUUUUAUAGGAAAAAAAACAAACAAAUAAAAAAGCCACAAGAGUUUGUUUGAAAGUUUAUCGAAAAACACAUGAAAAGACAAGAAACUAAAAUACCUCGAGCAGCUACGAAAGAAGACAAGUAUUGUUUCUCCAUGACCGCGAAGCCACUCACCGAUACAUAACUGCAGCCUGAUCAUCCGACAUAAAGAAUAUAAAUCACAAGAAACUAACAGGCUAUGCAGCCAUUCACUACAGCAAUCAGGCGUCAGUAUAGCUUCUUCUCUCGUUAAGCAAAACCAGCUGGCGGCUUCAAACAACUUCAUAACAAGCUUUGCAUGAGUUUCUGAAUGGCAACCGAGGGAAUAGUUUUCCUCCAUCGUUCUUACUUUUGUAACUGCGCCAAAAAUCCAAAUUCACAGUAAUUUCGACGGCUGCACUUAAAAAUUCUUUUUGUUCGCAGGUAAAUGAAGGCAUUGGCCCCAAAUGAUUCAGUGAAAAAGUGAUGGGGGGUGCUCUAUCUCUGAGCACGUAAGCACGAGAAAGAUGAGAAUUUGCCAGAUACAUACAUGUGUGUUUUCUGUUCUGGUGUUUUUCAAUUAUGCAAAUGUUGUCACGUGACUCCACACGGUCAGAAAACAAUGGCAACACUUUUUGUUGUGAGUUAUUAAACCGGACUGGUUUAGGACCAUGUGUAAUGCAAGCAUGUACAAAACUGUGCUUGGCCUUUUUUGAAUUUUUUACUGUUUUAGAAAAUAAACGGUUUUUUCAACUAGACCCAGUCCCCCAAGGCAUUUUUAUCAGAUCUUAACGCCUUCGCUUUCAAAUAUCUAAAAAAGGCGAAGGACAGAAGUGAUAUAUUAAACGGCCUUAACAUUAUGCAACCGGUAAAAAAGUUGAGGACACACGAAAAAGUGAAAUCGGCACAAACUAAAAAUGAGAGCAGCUGGCAAAGUUUUAUGUGUCUACAUCUAAAGCUCUUAGAUAUAGAUCACCCCCUCACUUUUGAAGUGAGCAAAUUGAGGCAAAUUGAGGCCCAUGCCUUAAUUUACCUGAGUUCUCAUUACCUGGGAGAUUUUUUAGCUGCUAUGCUGUGUAAAAUCCUAGAAUCCCGAUGAAUUUUUAAAAUUGUUCAAGCUAAUGACGUAUUGAUCAUGAUUUUUCAUUCAUGAUAAUUCACCCAGUUCGUUCGCGCGUUGAGAGUUUUGAUAGACGUGUGACACGUGAAAAGCGGAAGUCCCUUGUCUUUUCCGGCUUGUUCUAACAAAAUAAAGUCGGAGAGAUUCAUCGAGAUUUUGUGGGCGUUUUUAAUAAAACAAUUAUUCCACUCGCGCUUGUUGGAUAUGAGAUGAUUAUAUAUGAGAUGAUUAUAGCCAUCGUUGGCUAUCUACCAUCUGAUAUCCAGCGCCAGAGGCGGAUCCAGGGGAGGGGCCUCUCUUAUUUGUAGACCAAACUCGGGGCCCGAACGGGCUCGAAAAAUUUUUUUUUGAGACCGGCCCCACCCCUUUUCUCAGGGUCUGGAUGACCCCCGCCCCUCCCCUUAUUUGAAGGUUUGGAUCCGCCACUGAACGCGCCCUCGUGGAAUAAUUGUUAAUUGAGAUAACUUUUUCAUAUAAAAUAUGGUUUUCAAAAAGGAUCUCAUAGACUUAAAAAUAAAAAAUGCAAAAUACACACAAUUGUAAAAACUGUUUAAAUGUACAAGAUAUUAACUCAAAUUCAUUUAAAUUACAAAAUUUAAAAAGAUUACGUUUAAUAAAACGACAACAACUUCCCAUCGUUUCCAUCGUCUUACAUGUACAAACCAAAGAAAUGACGUCAGGUUUUCAAAACAAAAUGUAGUGCAGUACUGCAAAGUAAGAGGACGUAAAAAAAAACCCGACACCACUGUCGACUGGAGUAUAGGACUGUUGGACUAAAAACUUUUGUAUAUUACUUUAUUAGCUUUUUGAUUGUCGGAAGGCAAGAGUAACCGCAAUAGCGUUUAGCCAGCUACUGGGGGCCCCGAAUACUCUACUAACCCCUCCCCCUCCCCUCAGGAAAGUUAAGCCACAUCUCUAGGGUUCAAGACGGCACCUCCCCUUUAAAAUAUCCUAGUCUCUUGUAACUUUGCUGCACAUUUUCUUCCCUCCCCCUCCCCCCACCCCAUUUACAUUUUAAAAGGUACUAUUAGAACUAUAAAGAUCUUUCUACGCCUAAGUUUAAUGGCUGGCUGUGUUUUGGUUUCAGGAUUUGCGUAUUUCUAUAACUGUGGCAGUAGUGACAGGUCUUUUUAUCAUUUGUUGGACGCCGUUUUUUGGCAUCAACUUUGCGUUCGGACUUUGUUCGUCCUCAAGCAUCGGGUGUGAAGUGCUAAACAAAAUACCACCAACUUUCAUAGCACGGAUAAUUAAAUAG